CUUCAUACAAUCAAAUAGCCCGUCGAGCGCGGGAAGAUGUCAGAAUUGCCCGUCUACUCGAAAGAUGCUCGAACGACCGAAUCAAGCGAAUUGUGGUCGCUCAUCAAGCGGCGACAAGACGAGCGCUUUGAGAGAUUCAAAUCGAGCUGUCUGAGACACACAGAACGUAUGCAGAGAUUGCAGACGAAAACCUUCAACACAGAGGACAGAAACCAAGUUUCCUCGGACGAAUCAGAGCUACUGGACGCUAUUCAUCGUGCUCGAAGUGAAGCGGACGCACUCACACAACAGAAAAAGGAACAGGAAAGCAAACUGGCCGCAGCAACGGCACAGCUGGACGCAAUGUUGUUGGAACGCGAAGAGGCGGACAAAGAGAAUGUCGACGCCCGUGAUACGAAGCGAUUUCACGAGAGUCUGUUGAGGACGACGACGGGCGUGCAGUUUGAUGACGAGGCGCCCGCUGGGACGACCCGAGGGUUCAUUGCGCUUGGCGGAGAAAUGAAAGCGUUCAGUUUUGAUGAGACAAAAAAUUCAAACUUUUUUGUUACCAACAGUUUGUGGGAAAUAGUGUAUUCGUUGAACGGCAAGUAGUUUAGAUUGCGUGUUGUCACGUGCAGCAGUGGCCCUAGCUAGGAUAUGUAUACAUCUCUGUUGUAAUAUUUGUUGCGUUGCUUUAUUAUAGACAUUGACGCUUACAAUGUCAGAGCGCCUCCGUAGCUCAGGGGUUAGAGCACUGGUCUUGUAAACCAGGGGUCGUGAGUUCAAAUCUCACCGGGGGCUUUCGAUUGUUUUUCACACUAACGUUUUUUUAAUUGAUCGCAUUUGCUUUUUUGGUAUGUAGUUUGAUUUAUAAUGCCGUAAAUUUUUUGUCUCCAAGAUAGUA